AUGUCCGACUUGAAUACCCAGACCACUGUGCAGAAUGGGCGCGGCCACGGCGCUCCUCACACCACUGGGCACUCCAAGGCUCAAGAGAAGGCACCCCAAGGUCUAGAGGAGCACCUUCCCGAUUCUGUCCACCGCACCGGCGCUGAGCCCGGUCAGUUUACUCACAAACCUCACGCCAAGGACGGAGGCAAGGCGUCCAUCGUGCCUCAGAAGCUACAGGAGAAGCUUCCUGAGAGAAUUGAGCGUGCAGUCCCUAACGCCAUCCACAACACUGAUGACGCUGGUGGCCUGCACCGAAAGCAGUAA